CGAACACAGCGCACUUUCUCUCUGAAUUUCAACAAACUUUCGUCUAAAUGUUAAAUAACUUGGACGUUAUGGCUGUGUGGAAGUGAAUAAUUGGGUCCUCGUGUUGUUUGUAUUGUUUACAUUAUUAAUAAAUUAGAUUUAAUUGGUUUUUCCAUAAUAAUCUGAAAAGUAUAACAUGAAAGUGGAUCAGCACUUGAGUAAAGUGCACACACAAGCCGGAAGGACUGUGAAUUAAACACGGCACGAAUUGACCUUGACGGCUGUGUUUAUACACAGCUGGCUGUGAAGAUGAAGGUGCAGUUGUUCCUGUUUGUUAUGUGGAUAAAAUCUGUCACUAGCUACAGCAGUGGAAAGGUAGAAGACGCUUGUCAGGACAUGAUGCCUGGCCAUCAUAAUCAGCCCAGCCCUACAUCUCCACCAUACACCGUCGUUGUGGACAAGUCUAUAUUCAGCCCUGGAGAUCAAAUUAAAGUAACUUUAUCAGCAGCGUCUUCCACGUCCAGUGUGUACUUUGAAGGCUUUCUUAUAGAAGCCCGAGAUACUGCAAAUCUUGAAGGUGGAGCUGUCGGAACUUUUACCCUCCUUGACUCCUCCAUCUCCCGGCUUCUCUCAUGUCACCAGAAAAAGGACUCUGCUGUGAGUCACACCAGUGGUCACUCUAAGACAGAAGUUCAGGUGAUCUGGACAGCACCUCAGGCUCCCCCGGCUCGUGUCCAGUUUCUAGUGACUGUGGUUCAGAAAUUUCAAUUGUUCUGGGUGAAGAUUCCAAGUCCUGUGUUGUCUCUAAAUGGUGCACCUCCUCCAGCAUCAUUAUCUCCACAGACAACCACAGCUCCCACGCCUCUGCCCCACCCAUUCACUUCAGAAGGCUGUGGAAUUACAAAGACUUGCCUGAGAGAUCCAGAAGGCUGCAGUCCGAAGAAUGAUACACACUGUUACUUCCUGUCCUUCAGAAAGGUCGAGCAGCGUGUAAAGUUUGAGCUCAGUGGACCGGCUACGGGUUACGUCUCCUUCGCCUUAUCAACAGAUAAAUGGAUGGGGAACGAUGAUGUCUACCUGUGUGUUCGUCACCCAGACCGUGUCAGCAUUAGCGCUGCUUAUGUCGAGGGAAGGACACAUCCCGUGAUCGCUUCAGAGAAUGUUUUGAGAGAGACAGCAUGGCGGCUGGCUGAUGGGGUCAUCCAGUGCAGCUUUCUUAGAAACGUACGCAUCCCAGCCCUUAAUCAGGACAGAUUUGACCUAGACCAGAUGUACUACCUGUUCAUGGCUCAUGGCCGGGCAGAGAAGGGGAGAAUCCAUAGACAUGACCGACAGCCGCUUAUUUCAGCAAAGCAAGUAGUUAUUACGGGGCCUCCAGAGGAUCUGAGUGGCUCUCGUGCUCCCUUACUCAUCAAAUUUCAUGCUGCAUUCAUGCUCAUUGGCUGGAUGACGACCGUCAGCACUGGAGUAAUUAUAGCCAGAUACUUUAAACCUGACUGGCCUGAAAUAACUGUUUGUGGACAGAGAGUCUGGUUUCAGUUUCACAGAGGUCUUAUGUUGCUCACAGUCCUUCUGACAUGUAUUGGCUUCAUGUUGCCCUUCAUAUACAGGAGAGGCUGGAGCAAGCGUGCAGGCUCCCACCCUUACUUCGGCUGUACCAUCAUGGCUCUGGCUGUUAUCCAACCCAUUAUGGCUCUGUUUAGACCUGCGCCAGACUCUUCCAGGAGAUAUAUUUUUAACUGGGCCCAUCUGGGUACAGGCAUUACAGCCCAGUUGCUUGCUGUCAUUGCCAUCUUCUUGGGCAUCCAUCAGCAAGCUCUGCUGCUUCCUGCCUCCUGGACCACAGGACUCCUGGCUGCGUGUGUGGUCUGGUUUGUUUUAGCGGACUUUGCACUAGAGGCACACAGGAGGGGUUUAUUCCCCAUAGGGCAAUUUUUCAGAAACUUUCAGAUCUAUACAGAAAACCUCCAAACAGAAGACAAAGAGGGGAUUCUGUUUGUUCAGACUGAGGAUGACUGCAAGGGGGGUUCUUUUAAAAAGAUCGUUUUGGCAGUCUACCUGUGUGGAAACCUUGGAUUUCUGGCUGCUCUUCUGGUCACCAUCAGUGAAGUGUGAUGUAAAAGGAUAACAAACCAUGUGCCUUACUAACAUCUGCUGUUGUACUCAGCUACAGUUUGAGAAGCUGAGGGGGCCUUAUUUAAGAUCGUCCUUCCUAUGAAUCACGCUGGAUAACUUGAUUCACUGAAGGCAUGAAGUCCAUGUUCCAGGAAAAACUGGAUGUUUGUGCAAAAAAAAAAGGCACAGAAGUUUGAAUUGAUGUCAUGAGGCAAAAGUACAGAAUGUCACAUUAUUUGUUUAAUUUUAGUGAUUUGAUUCUGUAUUGUCAAAAUAUUUUAUAUAAUUUUGAUAUAUUUUACAUAUAUAGAGUGUUUUUGCUUGAAUGUUUUCUGAUGGAUCUGUAUGCAGAGCAUUAAAUGAACACAGAGGGAAGCUCAGUGUUUUCCUUGCUUCUUA